AUGUCGAUAAGCGGCCUCGAUCGUCUUGAGAAGUCUAUUGAGAACUUCAAGCUUAGUUUAAAGCCCGAAGACCACCAUACCUUGAAGAAUUAUCCCGACCCAAGUGCCGAAGAUGUUGCGGACUUCGUUAAAAACCUCGAUGCGAAGCUUCAGCAGAAGCAGAAGCGGAGAAAAACGCUCCAGUCUUCCUCGUUUACGACAUUCAUUCGGGCUAUGCAACAAUUUUCCGGUAUUAUAGAUACCUGUGUCCAGUCAAAUCCUGAGAUCGCUGCUCUGGUUUGGGGUGGAAUGAAGUUUGUACUUCUUGCGUUCUCGAAUUAUACAAAAUAUCUAGAAGAAAUAGUAGAUAUGUGUGACCAAAUGGGUCGUCUCUGCCCUCAAUUCGACAGAUUUAGCAAGCUCUUCCCUAAGCAUAAAGAACUACAAAGUGCUAUCUGCGACUUUUACGCUAUUGUCGUUGAUUUCUUCAGAGAAGCAUUACUAUUCCUUUAUAGUUCAGUUUUAAAACAGCUUGCAGUUGCGACUUUCCGGCCAUUUGAGGAAAAGUUCAGCGAUAUCUUCAAAUCUCUCGAUCUAGCUAAGAACACAAUCGACAGGGAGAUUACUCUUUCUUCAGAACAGGAACUACAGGUUGACAGGGUAAAUAAUGCCCAACUUCGAACAGAUGUUCGCGACUUAUGUUAUUUCACGCGAGUGAACUAUCAAUACUACCAUGACGGUCAGGUCCAGCUAAACGAGGAAGCGCAAAGAUCCAAACGAGAGCGAAUCCUGCAGAACAUUUCCAGAUAUUCUUACUACACUGAACUUACAAAUAAUCUCCAAAAAAGAAUCGAAGGCAGCGGCCUCUGGAUAUAUAAAACACCAGAGUACGAGUCCUGGGCCAAUUCUCCUAAAUCGUGCGGGUUAUGGUAUCACGGCAUCCCGGGAUUCGGGAAAUCAGUCUUAACUUCUGGUGUCAUAGAUACCUUGCUCGAGCUGUCGAGGUCGUCGAGGCCGAAACAAUAUCGUGUUGCAUAUUUCUUUUGUACAUUUACGACGGCUUCGAGCCUUCUCGCAUAUACGAUUUUAUCAAGCCUUCUCCACCAACUAUUUUACUAUUCGCAUGAUCUUCCAAGGGGCCUUGCUGAGGAUUUGGAAGCUCGCUUCGAGGACAGAAUCAGGGCUAGCCAGGUGGUCCUGGCUGAUAUUCAAAACUUCAUAACGGAAAUUACUAAAAACAAUAGAGCUAUCAACUAUAUAGUAGUUGACGGUUUGGAUGAGUGCAACGACAAAGAGCGCGGAAUGGUUCUUCGAGCUCUCAAAAAACUGCUUCAGGAUUCCCCUAAGGCUGUCAGGGUUCUAAUCUCCAGUCGGGGGUCCCAGGAUAUAGCCCGCGCAUUAGUCUCCAAGCCAAACGCUAGCACUAAGGAUGAUCAAAAAUUCCAAGGCUUUGGUCAGUUGAGCCUUGGAACUUCGAACCAGGAAGAUGUUGAAGCCUUCAUUUCCCAAACACUUCUCAAUAAAGAGCUUGAAGGGCAGUUACCGGAACUGCCAAGUUAUCUCUUCACCGAAGUAAAAUUAUUCCUCAGCAAAAACGCUAAGGGUCUCUUUAUUUGGGUUAACCUCCUAAUCGAGGAAAUAUGCAACGAGUCGAAAGCAGAAGAUAUUGAAAUGGCUCUUUCUAAACUGCCCAAAGACCUUGACGGACUCUACAAUCGAGUGAUCGACCGUAUUAUGCAACAUCGGCGUCCUGAAGUUGCCCAAGAAAUAUUCAAGUGGAUAGCCUAUGCGAUACGCCCGUUGACCCUUGAAGAGCUAAAAGAGGCCACAUGUUUGAAGAACACGCAGAUACGUACUUGGGCAGAGCUAAGUAAGCUUGCCGAAGUGGAUGAAAUGAAGUGGCUGCAGAACUGUGAAAACCUUGUUAUAGUGAACAAAGCAUACAGAACUGUUCAGUUUGCACAUUCUACCAUAAAGCAGUUCUUGGAGUCCCGGUUAUGCUGCAGAGAGAAAUCCUUCCUCAUGGAUAGAUAUACUAAUCACCAACUUGCGGAAGCUUGUGUACGGUACUACAAACUUCCAGAAAUCUCCGAUCCCAGUGCCCAAUACCAACAAACCCCUGUUUCGAAGAAGGCCCUUAAUUCCCUUGCCAUGAUUGCGAACGUUAACAAUUCGGCACAGGGAAGCACAUUUUGGGCCAGUACUACAGACUGGAUGACUCGGAAACUAUAUCAGUCCACUUCGCUACUCACAAAUCCAGCACCGGCUUCCACCGCUCUCGUCAAAACUGGAAACUCAAAUAUACUUAUAUCACAAAGAAAAAACUUCAAGGGCAUACUACGAGCAUAUCCGUUCUUAGAAUAUGCUACUAGCUGUUGGGUUUUUCACUACAUAGAAUACGGCCGUGGUGAACUCGCACGCGAUAUCCAAGAGCCAUCCGAGAAACCAAGAGAGGUUGUUCUUACGCCCGGAGGGACAUGGUUUCAUACAUUAGAUGACACAAACUUACUACGGGGAAAAAUAUCCCUUUUGUGGGGUUCUGUCCCUGCUCUGCGACCCUCAACGGUGGAAGAUACACUGAGCCACCCAGGGAACCAUACCCCGAAUUCUGCUCGUACCGAAUCUAAUAUAGCAUUCCCGAUGUUUCCGAGAACGAGACUAUGGCUAUCACUUGGCCUCGAGGAGAAAAAGUCAUUCAUUGCAAUGAAUAUUCCGCAAGAGGAAGCGCAGAGAAUCUGCAAUCUCAUUUUACAAAGAUUCCCGUCAAUCAGAUUCCCAUGGCAAAAUUACUUCACACCGGAAUCAUUGACAUUCGAAGAAGGACUAUUUGAUCUUUUGGAUUGGGCGCUUGGGAAUGGUGUCGGGUCGAUCUUUGAAUUGAUUUGGGUUGGUUGUUGCAUAGACCAUAAAGUAUACAGCACCCCGAUUUCACAUUUAAAAACGGAGCUGUUACUUAAGUAUUGGCUGCCCGCAUAUGACGAUUCGGACAAUCUUUCUAUCUCGAGAUUUGAGAAACUUUGUGCCGAGAAGGACGCCGAUACCGCUGGAAUGUGGGCUUCAGUCUUUGGGGCUAUCGUGCACGACGCGUCUAAGGGCGGUGCUCUUAUUUCAGGAAACCCCGGGGGUAGACUAUCCACAGAACCAACCUUCAUUUUCGAACGUCUCCAGUCUGCAUGUGGGGAAGCAAAUACCCUCCUUUUCCAUCGUCUGAUCGAAAUCUUAAGCUAUCUCCCAAAGACCUUCGAAAGCGGUCGAUUCCAACCCAGCAAGUACCUCGGGCAGAUCAACUACCAGAAGAUCGUCGGAAAAACCAUCGAGGCGUAUGCACACGGUAUCUUGAAGGCUCUUCAUCAGGAGGAGUAUCAAAUCUUUAUAAGACAGGUAUCCCCGGAGGAUCAAUUUCGGCUCCUCGAAUUGGCGACAGAGCUUGGCUGCUCUGAAUGUUUUGAGGAACUGAUAUCCCAUUAUAGGUUUGGACUGACAGUUUCAACGUUGAGUAAGAGUGGCCAGACCAUUCUCCAAAGGGCCACGGAACUUAGGGACAAAGAUAUCGUCAGUAUGUGCCUCGAACGAAGUACUGACUUGCUUUCUCGAUCUCGGACAAAUCGCUUCUAUCCGUUACAAAUUGCAGCCAUGAAUAAUGACCUUGAUAUUAUCAAGGUCAUGGCACCAUUCAUCCGCGGUGGAGGUGGGAGGGUCAUUGUGGAUAUGACAGCACCGCACACUUCAGAUACUGCUCUCACCUACGCAAUCAAGAAUCUAAAUACCGAGAUUGUCCGCGUCCUGCUUAAUGCCGGAGCGAGCUGGGACAUGAUGCCUGAAAGGCCACCUUCCCCUGCCGAGUUGCAGUUGUAUGAAGAAGACGGCUUGAUAGAACCUGGUAAAAACUACCCCAUGUUACAAUUUGCUACUACUCCUAGUGAAGAGAUACUGGAUUUAUUCUUGGAAAGAGACAAAGCGGGGUUUUUUGAAUGUCUACGCACACACAAAGUCGCAACUGAGAAGCUUAUCCGCCUUGCCGAACGGAGUAUCCGUAGGUCCUCUGGCGGGGCCGCCCAGGUGGUGCUAGAAAAGAUUGCGAAGGCAUUGGAGCGCUUCUUAGAGCUGGAAUCUGGAGCCGAGCUCAGCGCGGAAUUACAUCCAUCUGGUCUUCUACUCCGUCAGAUCCAAGCUGGUCUACGCCCGAAAUAUAAAUUCCAGGGUCCCCCGAUAGGUAUUAGGACCUAA